UUUUUGAGAAUAUAACAGACAGGAUGGACGGGCGAAUGGAUGAUUGCACCGCAUGAUCUUUGCUUUCCAUCGGACGGUAAUUGCGGUUAUGCCCAUAGGUGGCGUUAUGUGCUCGUGUAGUGUAUACCUUUAAGGUUAGGAGGACGUUUAAUGGGGAAGAAAAAGUUUAUAUAAAAGUUGUUGCAUUGAGAAUUUACUCUUACGUAGAAGUUAAAAUGCGGUUCAAUGUGCUACAAUUCGUUUUACCGGAAUCGAAGAGAUAUGCUAAUUUACCAGACAGUUUUAUCAAACGAAAAAUGGAACAAAUUUAUUAUAAGACUCCUCCUCAUCCAAAUUAUCUUCCAAAAGUACAUCAGCGUAAGAAGUUUUAUUUUGAACUGGCCAGACCUUGGACGGACACUUUCAGAUUUCAAAACCAGGAUAAAAGCGAUCACGUGCACGUGGAGCCUAUCAAAUACUGGUCAUUUUUUCGAGGGGACAGGGUGCAAAUUUUAAUUGGGCCUGAUAAAGGAAAACAAGGAAUUGUUAAAAGCAUCAUUCAGGAAAGAAAUUGGAUAACGGUUAAUGGAUUAAACACUAAAUUACAACUAUUAAAGAAAACGGAUAAAUUUCCAGGAAUUCCUUUUGUCUUUGAAAUGCCAUUGUUAGUCACAGAAGAUGUAUUGCUUGUUGAUCCAUUCGAUCUUAAACCCACAAAAAUUGAAUGGCGAUACACAGAAGAUGGUGAACACGUACGUGUUUCCGUUCGAACGGGAAGAAUAAUUCCAAUCCCACCUUCGCAUUUUUCGACAGCUGAUUAUAAAAAUCCUGCUUUAUAUGUAGAAGGAGAUAAAGAUACUACAAAAGAAGAAGUCGAGAAAAUAACUUUUAAGCCUGCUUUGAAAACAUUUGCAAUGGAUAUCAUGGAUAAAAUGAAUAUAAAAGAAGAUCGUUAUCAGAAGCCAACAUAUUGGUAUUAAUUAGUAAACGGUUUU